AUGGCGAGGAUUAAGGUUCACGAACUGAGGGAGAAGUCGAAGAGCGAUUUGCAGAACCAGCUUAAGGAUCUUAAGGCUGAGCUCGCUCUCCUCCGUGUCGCCAAAGUCACCGGAGGUGCUCCCAACAAGCUCUCUAAAAUCAAGGUCGUCCGUAAAUCCAUUGCUCAGGUCUUGACAGUUGCUUCACAGAAGCAGAAGUCUGCACUUAGAGAAGCGUACAAGAACAAGAAGUUUCUUCCUCUCGAUCUCCGUCCCAAGAAGACUCGUGCGAUCCGCAGACGCCUUACCAAACAUCAGCUCUCUUUGAAGACAGAGCGUGAGAAGAAGAGAGCUAUGUAUUUCCCAAUAAGGAAGUACGCUAUCAAAGUUUAG